CACUUGCCGCUCAGGCGUGUGAGGCUGAGGUUUAAAUUGCUGGACGUAGUAAGCAGUCUUGCUUUUGCUUCAGCAAAUCCUCGCAAAUGUCUCCUUUUUGACUUGAGUGGGCUCAGUGGCCAAGUCGACUGGCCGUGGCGGGACUGACUUGUGGCUGAGGUGAUCUGAGGGAACGCGAGAGGGGCGCGCCAUGUUCGCCCCCAGCUCGGCCGGGAGGCUCGGCUGCCUCCGGCUGGGUCAGCUCCGAGCGUGGGCCGUCGGACGCUGGGCGUGUCGGGCUCGUCAGGCCGGGUCGUAUGGCUCCGGUGGGUCCGAGCCCGAGGUCCCCCCGCCGGGCCCCGCGCGGCGGACUCUGACGGAGUGGGCGCUGCUGGUGAGCCCGUUCGGGCGCCUGCGGGCGCGGCUCCCAUGCCACCUGGCCGUGAGGCCCCUCGACCCCCUCGCCUACCCGGACGGCGACCGCGUGCUGGUGGCGGUGAGCGGGGCGGAGGGUGCGGCGCGGGGCCCGGCCGGCCUGCGGGUGACGUACGACGAGGCGCUGAGGGAGGUGGCCGUCGUGUCCGAGUCCAUCGACCCCCGGGCUGCCGUGGAGGUGCACGCACCCCUGAAGUUCGACUUGAAUAUCAAGUCAUCAGGAUCUGGCUGUGUAAAAGUCCAAAAUAUUGAGUGUGAUAGUUGUAAAAUUGAAACUGAGCAAGGGACCAGCAUCUUACAGUCUGUUAAGAGUCAAAAAUUACGUGUUCAAACAAAAGGAGGCAAAGUGAUCUGUCUGGGAACAGUUUAUGGAAAUAUAAACAUUCAUGCAUCAGAUAAAAGUAUUGUGACCAUAGAUAAACUUCAGGGAAGUUCUAUUAAUAUAUCUACUGAAGAUGGUUUGCUGAAAGCCAAGUAUCUUUAUACAGAAUCAUCAUUUCUAUCUUCUGCUGCUGGGGAUAUUACAUUAGGAAGUGUUCAUGGUAAUAUAACAUUACAAAGCAAGAUGGGUAGCAUCACAGUAGAUUCGUCCUCUGGAUGUCUAACAGCCUCAACUCAUCAAGGUGCCAUAGAUAUUUAUGUCAGCCAGCUGGGGAAAGUGGAAUUGAAAGCCCAUAAAGGCUCUAUUCUCGUCAAGGUUGCGUCUUCUCUUCAAGCUCAUUUGCAGUUAUCAGGGAAAGAGGUUGAUGUGAACUCAGAAGUCCAUGUUCAAGAAAUGGCUGAAGCUUAUAAAGAUGAUGGUGUAAUAGUUACUGGGCUCCUGAAUCAAGCAAGCACACGUGAAAAAUGGAUUAAGGCUGAUGCCCCAAAAGGCACUGUAAGUUUGAGAAGUCAGAGCUGGUUUCAGUCCCUAAAACUACAGGACUAAGAAUGGUUUGAGUUGUGUUUAUAGUUUUUAACAGUCAGAGCUGGUUUCAGUCCCUAAAGCUGCAGGACCAAGAAUGGUUUGAGUUGUGUUUAUAGUUUUUAACAAUGAGUAGCAUAACAAUGACUACAAAAAUGCAAAUACCACUGUUCAUUUAGAUGUUGAAAACAACAAAUUGGAAUGAAUACUAGUGAAUUGUCUUGGGGGGACCUUUUCAAAAUUUGUACUUAGCUAUUGUAUUAGUUUUCUAUUGCUCUGUAACAAAUUACCACAAAUGUAUUGACUUAAAAUAACACCCAUUUAUCAGCUCACAGUUCUGUUGGUCAAGAGCCCAGCAUGGCUAGGUUCUCUGCUCAGGGUCUCCACAAGGCUGGACUCAAGCUUUUGACUGGGCUGAGUUCUCACCUGGAUACUAGGGGGAAAAAUCUACUUCCAAGCUCAUUCAUAUUGUUGGCAAAAUCCAGUUCCUUGUGACUGUAUGACUGAGGUCUCCAUUUUCUUGCUGGCUGUCAGCUGGUGAUCACUCUUAAGCUUCUAGAGGCCACCUGCAUCCCUUCUCAUGUGGCCCUCUCCAUCUUCAAGCCAGCAAUGAUGCAUUCAGUUCUUCUCAUGCUUUGAAUAUCUGACCUCUUCUGCAGCCAGCUGGAGGAUACUCUGCUUUUAAAGGGCUCACUUGAUUAGGUCAGGCCUACCCAGGAUAAUCUUUGUUUUGCCAUAUAAUGUAACAUAAUCAUGGCAGUGAUAUCUCAUCGUAUUCACAGUUUGCACUCACAGUCAAGAGGAGGAGAUUAUACAAAGGCAUGGGUAAAUGGGGACAGUUAUCUUAGACUUCUUUCUACCAUAGCUUUCAUGUAACGUGUUUUCUACUUAUUUGUCAUGGCAUCAAUGUAAAUUUAAGCUGUGAAUAAAACACAUCAUAAAUGUGAUGCAGUUGCUACUGAUUCUUAAUUUUUUUUUUUGCAUAAUUUUUACGACAUAACUCGUUGGAGGGGGAAACAUUCAGCUAUUUUAUAGCCUGAUGUAUGAAGAUAGAUUUUCACUUUUAUAGUGGUGUACUGUAUAUUAUAUGAAUUCUCUUUCUUUCAGACCUUACUUGUCUACUCCUGGAACAUUUAAAUUAUACAACACUGAAUAGGCCUUUCUAUUGGUUUAUAUAUUUUAUAAUUAGAAUAAAUCAGUUCUUAAACACUUA